AUGACAAUGAACUGUCAUCUUCUUCAAGCAUUACUGUUGCUCUGCAUGGUUUCGUAUACAUGCCAGGCUACCAAUGCGAUCACGUGCCAUAAGACAGGUCCUAUGAAGAAACAUCCAUCUAGUACAAGUGGCAUAAUCAAUUAUGUCAAUUACGGCAUGAGUUUUCCAUGCAACUGUUACAUUAGCGGAAGAGAUGCUGGUAAAAAUGUACAAUGGUUUCGUGUGAAUGUAGACAAAGGAGCUUACGGCUACAUAAGCAGCAUUUAUUGCUCGGGCGACGUCAAGCUGUGCUAA